GCGUUCGGUCUCAAUAGUCGCAAAACUGUGAUUGUGUCUUGUAUACGAGAAAACCAGGCAACGACCUCUUGGAAACACAGCCAACUAGAAAACACCCCCAGUGGCAAGGCUAGAAGGAUCCAGUUCCCCGGCGGAAUCAGUGAUAUAAUAUCGGGUGGUAAAGGCGAAUCAGCAAGAGUUACAGAGAGGAAGUCGUAUUUCCCGACCUAGUGCCGUUGAACUUCUUCAGGGUUGCAACUCAUUUGGCAUUGUCAACGGGGAGACUUUUGCUUUCACGAUAAAGAGGAUCGAGGGAAUGACGGGAAGAUUUAGCACGACGCGGACGGGUUCCUGUCUGUUGGCACUGUUUCUUGUGUCCUGCUGCCUCUCCAACGACAAGGUGUUCGUCGUUGGAGAGCCGGAGCCGGUCCCCGUCGAACUCUACAACAAUAACUUGGUCAGGAGCGCAGCAGACAUCAUUAUGUUGAACAAACUGAGGCAGGUGGCAAUGAAGGAGACAGAGGAGAUAGAGGAACGCGAGAAAGAUCUUUACGACGUGCAAGUAGUGAUAAAGUCGCUGGAGACGAAAUCCGAGCCGGUACCUCCAGAGCCAGACUACUCGGUCGAAGAGCUCCCGACGCCCAAUGCCGUUAUCGGUCAAAAGCGCAACGAGGUCAACUUGGUGACCUUGUGCCACUUCAAGAUCUGCAACAUGGGACGCAAGCGGCAGUUGCGGAAGUAAAGGACGGUGCAGGAGGAGAAGGUGCGCGGCCACGUCGAGAACGGUCGAGCCUCUUGCGCGGUGCACCCUCUGCCUCAAAUAUACGAUGCGAAACCCGCGUGCAGACACGAACAAGGAGAAGAAAACGACGAGGAGAAGGACCGCCGAUCUCCGAAACUCAAGAGGAAUUAUGAACGCUCCCCAGCUAGAACGUGAUCCAGUUCCUUUCCGAGUAUUCCAAACAGGUUUUAUGUAUUCACUUUCAAACCGCUGAACGAGCCGAGACAUCCUCGCGCGACUCCUUUUGCUAAUCCAGUUUGAAUCGCUCUCGGGGAGGUGGAGAUAAUUUACGCGAAUCUUUAUUAAAUAUAUACUUAGGUUCUACUUGUUCGUUGGAGAAUGAGAGAUGAGUAUGCAUGGGACUGUUAUUCGUUCCGACUGGCUCGGGCGAAUCUCGAGAUGGAUGACUGGCGAUCGAACCACACGCGUUUCGCUCGUAGUAUUGAACAGUAUCACUUGAUUACGUUAUUCGAUCGAGGACAUUGCAUUCAUUGCUAAACCAUCGAUUUCUUUCUUUCUGAUUUUGUUCUAUCGGAUUAAAAUUAGAGAUUCCGGCGCUCAGUGCCUACGAGCUACUCUAGGAACAUGUUCAGAAGAAGAAACUUUAUAUCGUAAUAGAAUGAUAUUAGAAGUUGCAUUACUAAUAGUAGAAAAAGUAUUCCGAGUUGUAAACCGGUUGAAAAAUUGCACUUUUAGAAUAAGGAGAGAACGAAGAAAAAUGUAACAUUCUCGAAGAGUGGAGUGUCCUCGACGAGCCAUCGAUAGAAAUGGCGAAUAUAGGUAUUUAUUCGUUAGCUUUAAGUGAGAAGGGUGCAAAGGCCGAGGCUCAGAUAUUCUCGAAUCUGUCUUUAGUGCGAAAACAAAUCGAGGAGAAAAAUCAAGUUUCCAAAAUAUGAGAACAGGAAUGCGUGAAAAUAAAUUUGUGUCAACAAUUGUUUCUUGUGUACAACGUGCGUCGUGCUAAAAUGGGAACAGUAAACAUUGUAAUAAGCUGAUUAUGACUGUUUUCAUACUCGUAUACUUAAACUUAAAGUCAUUAUCCUUCCUAUCCUGGAAAUAAAACAUGACGCGAGAGAAAUAAAACCAGUCGAUGUUGUUACGUUAAACAGGGAAUAUAAAUGUUAAAUUAAAAAAUAUGAUGCGAAGAAAUUGAUUUUUCGAACGAUAGUAGAGAGAAAGAAGACGAGACAUGGAAAGAGUGGCCGCCUGCACCCUUCGGCAAAUUAUUUAUAAUUCGUUUCGUGACAAGAAACGUAUCCCAUUUUUAUGUAGUGUCCUUACGUGAGCCCCUUUUUAUUUAUUUAACCCCUGCAGUAAUUUCGUUAUAUUCGUAGUAGUUCCUAUUCUUCUGAAAACGCAUCAUCGUUUAAGAUGUCUUUUGUAAAUGACUAGGGAUAGUACCGAUGAUUUUCUACAAGUUAUUUUUUAUCGUUUAUAUCACUUAAAAAAAAAAAAAAUAAACAUUCUGAUUAUCGUCCUAUCGUUUCACAAGAAAAUUAAAAGACUAUUAUGCAACCGUUUAAUUUAAUCAUGGCCAAAGUAGCGGGACUCUCGAAGCUGGAUCGACAAAAUAAAUGUUCUUGUCGUGCGCUGCGCAAACUUUUCGACCAGAGUCAGAGUCAACAGCUUUUAUCGAUGGUGCGACGAAAGAUGAUAAUUUAUUUAGUUCGCAUCAUGAUGACCCGCUAAUGACAAUGUAACACAGCGAUAGUAACAAUAAAAGCGUGUAAUCGUGUAAGCAGUAUAAACUCGUGUCUCAGCGAAAUUGUUUCUGUUGUUUCAUAGUAAUAAGGAUUUCUGGAUUAUUUGAAAUAAACGACACAUGAAUAAACUA